AUGACUGAAACGAAUCCCUCUUUCGUCCUCCGUGCCGUCAAAGACGUCGUCUUCGAGGACCGGCCAGUACCCACACUCAAAGAUCCGUACGAUGUCCGCGUGCAAAUCGCCCAAACGGGCAUCUGCGGUAGUGAUGUUCAUUACUGGCAACGGGGGAGAAUCGGAGACUUUAUUCUCGAAUCCCCCAUCGUCCUCGGCCACGAAAGCUCCGGCACAGUCGUCGAAAUCGGUCCGGCCGUGAAGAACCUCAAAGUAGGAGACCGAGUAGCCAUUGAGCCUGGCGUACCAUGUAGACACUGUAACUACUGCCGCUCCGGCUCAUACAACCUCUGCCCCGACACCAUCUUCGCCGCAACACCACCGCACGACGGUACAUUGUCGAAAUACUACAUCACGCAGUCUGACUUUUGCUACCCAAUCCCAGCACAUAUGGAUCUGAAAGAAGGCGCACUGGUCGAACCGGUCGCUGUAGCGGCGCAAAUCACAAAGGUCGGAAACGUGCGUCCUAACCAGACAGUCGUGGUUUUCGGGUGCGGGCCUAUCGGGCUUCUCUGCCAAAAAGUAUGCAAGGCGUAUGCGGCAAACAAAGUCAUUGGAAUUGAUGUCAGUCCGUCGCGAUUGGACUUCGCGAAGGAGUUUGGGGUUGAUGAUGUUUUUCUGCCGCCGAGUAAACCGGAGGACGUGGAUGAGUGUGAGUGGAGUGAGAAGGUGGCAUGCAUGAUCAAAGAAAAGUUUGGGCUUGGGGAUGGCCCGGAUGUUGUUCUUGAGGCGACAGGAGCGCAGAGCUGUAUUCAGACCGGGAUUCAGUUGUGUAGGAAGGGGGGAAUGUAUGUGCAGGCUGGGAUGGGGAAGGAGAAUGUUGUGUUUCCUAUUACUACGGCGUGUAUCAGGGACCUUACUAUCCGUGGUUCCAUCCGAUAUACUACAGGCUGUUACCCCACUGCUGUGGACCUAAUCGCCAGUGGAAAGGUCGAUGUGAAGAGACUGGUGACCAAUCGAUAUGUAUUUGAGCAGGCGGAGGAUGCAUUCGAGCUCGUGCGGCAGGGCAAAGAAAGUGUGAUCAAGGUGAUGAUCGAAGGAUACAAGGGAUAG